UUGUGGGUGUGCGCGGCGAAGUAAAAUGGCGGACUUGGCAAACGAAGAGAAGCCUGCCAUAGCCCCUCCAGUCUUUGUCUUUCAGAAAGAUAAAGCACAGAAGCGAUCGGCCGAUGGGUCAAGUGCUGAAGAUGGUGAGGAUUCAGAACGGGAGGAGAGUGAAUACUGUCCUCCAGUGAAGAGAGAGAGAACAUCAUCUUUAACACAGUUUCCUCCGUCUAACUCAGUUUCAAAGAAUAAUGUGUUCAUGCCCUCAAGUUUCUGCCAGUCUCCUACUGGGAACUCUGACUCAGAGCCAGAGGAGAAGCCUGUGGGAUUUCGCCUGAAGCCUCCGACGCUUAUCCACGGGCAGGCGCCCAGCGCAGGUUCUUUUCCAGGCGUGCCCAGCCAGAAGCCCAAGGAGCAGCAGCGCAGCGUCCUUCGGCCCGCUGUCCUGCAGGCGCCGCCCACCAAGACCUACACAGAGUCCAAAUCAAGUUGUGGGACGAAUGGGGUGGGGACACUCUCGGACGGAGCAACAGAGUCUCCGACUGUCAUCCAGAACAACGUAGAAAAAUCGGACAAACCACAGCAGAAUGAUGACAAGGACUAUGGGAGUGAACCAAGUGGCCAGAAUAAUGAAAAGAAGGAUCCGCUCAAAGAGUCCAGUUUUGUGUUUGGCCAGAACAUCAGAGAGCGGGCCAAGGUGGAAGAGAACAGCAGUGCAGCCAAUGAGACGAAAGACCCUGCCACGUCAGAUUCCCAGCCAGGUGGAACGAAUUACUUCCUGCAGUAUAUAGGUACCCCCAGCUCUCAGAAUGCCACAAACAACACAGACAAGGAGGCCAAGUUUGUCUUUGGGCAGAAUAUGUCGGAGCGAGUGUUGAGCCCCCCUAAAGGUGGCGAGGGUGUGGGGAGCGGGAGAGAGAGCCCGGCUCCUGUGUCUGAGCCCUCCUCACAGGAGGCUACGCCGGAGAAGGCCUCAACAGCGUCGGCGUCGGCAGCAGCGGCAGCAGCAGUAGCAGCCAACAGUGUGGCGGAGUCUCUGGAGGAGUCGGCGGCAGCCUACACCAAAGCCACGGCCAAGAAGUGCAUUCUGGAGAAGGUGGAGGUGCGCACCGGCGAGGAGUCGGAGAGCAACGUGUUACAGAUGCAGUGCAAGUUGUUUGUGUUCGACAAGACGGCGCAGUCGUGGAUCGAGCGAGGCCGAGGCCUGCUGCGGCUCAACGACAUGGCCAGCACUGAGGACGGCACGCUACGGUCCAGAUUAGUGAUGCGCACCCAGGGGAGUCUGCGUCUGAUCCUCAACACUAAGCUGUGGCCUCAGAUGCAGGUGGACAAGGCCAGCGAGAAGAGUGUACGCAUCACUGCCAUGGACACUGAGGACCAGGGGGUUAAAGUCUUUCUCAUAUCGGCCAGUUCGAAGGAUGCAGGGCAGUUAGCAGCCGCGCUGCACCACCGCAUCCUGGCCCUGAAGAGCCGGGCAGAGCAGGAGCCCGAGCCGGCCCCACUAGGCCCUGAGCCUGAAGUGCCCCAGUCCAACGAGGACGACAGCGAUGACGAGCCCAACAGCGCAGAGGGGGCCACGGCCAACACCAGCGGUACCUCUGAAGGAGGGGAAUCCCAGGAGGCCGGGGGGACAUAGCAUUUCUGGCAUCUGCCUGCUAGGAAGCUGCUGUACAAGGAUUUUUUUUUUCCUUUCUUUUUUUUUCCGAGCAGGCAUCUCCAUGGACAGCCCGUAACCAACACGGGUCCCUCAGACAAGUGCAGUCCAGUGGAAAGUAGACAUCUAACCCUGUGUCGGAAUCCUUCACCCUACUUGUGCAGUUGUUUUUUUUUUGUUUUGUUUUUGUUUUUCCCCCCCUUUUUCCCUUUGCAUUUAAAUGUAAAUCUGGAAUUUUUGGAAUUGUCAGUGUGUUUUUUUUUUUAUUAUUCUCUCUUUGUUUGGUUUAUUUUUUUGACUGCAAGAAAAAAAGACUUUUCCAUUUUGGUUUAGGACUUGGAAUCUCAUCAUAUUGAUGAGAGCAAGGGAGCUCCUCUACAUUUUGAAUACGGCACAUGUUUCUAAAUAUGGGACCUUUUUUUAUUCUUCGCCAAGCCACAGCUUGCGGUCACCUGGGACCUUCCAGAAGGAUGACACACUCACUGUUGACCAGUCAUGUCACUAAUGGUUACAGCACCCAUUGGACUCUUAUCCCCACCCAACCCCGCCCCACCCCCUCUGUCUCCAUAUCCUCUGUCUCAUCUAGUGAAACAUUCACUCAAACUCUAAUUUAUUUUUCGGACGAUUUUCUUUUUUAUAUAUAUAUAUAUA